AUGGACAAACCAUCAUCAUCCUCAUCGUAUUCGAGCAGUGAUAGAAUCCGGCUAAAUGUAGGAGGAAAGAUUUUUGAAACAACGCUAUCCACCUUGACGAAAAUUCCGGAUACAGUUUUAUCAACUAUGGUGGCUGAACGCUGGAGGGGCGAAGGAGAACUGUUCAUAGACCGGGAUCCAACACAUUUCUCAAAGAUCCUGAACUACCUUAGAGAUGGGGAUGAAUUCAACGUUCCUGUAGACAGAGAUGCAUGCGAAGAGCUGAGGAGGGAAGCUCAGUUCUACAACCUACCCGGACUUGCUGAGUUAUGCUCUCCACAAAUGCUAAAUGUUGGAGAUGAGGUACAAUGGCGCCGAGAAGCUGUGGACCUCUAUUGGAGGCCAUUUGUUAGGUACAUGGUCGAUGACUCGCUCACCCUUCCAUUCAUCUACGAUAGGAACAAUCACACCCUAGCAAAAUGUAUUGGUUGCGAAGAGUACCAAGAUCCAAAGUGCUCGUAUCUGUUUGACAUUCGAUAUGAGGACUGGGCACCGAUGAAACAUCACAUGUUGCUGAUGAGGGGAGAGAUUACACAGCUAAUGGGUGAGCAGUGCUGUAUUAUCGCAUGGGAUAAUGGACAACAGAUCCAUCUGCCAAGAUCAGCAGUGCGAAGAGCUGAUCCUAUCUAAUGGACAUCUCCAGAUCUCACCAAAGCUGCUCUUUUCUUGCUUAUCCUUCGUAAUCAUAUGAUGAUCUGAUUUUUUGUACAGUUCUAAGGAUACUCUUGCAAUCCGAGCGCAUUUCAAUAUGUGGAAUUAUGCAAUGAAGUUCUGGCAAUAGCAUAAAGAUUUUGUGUGCGAAUUGAGCCACUUACGAAUGUGCAACAGC